CCCUGAAGCUCCCGGCUUGUGAUUCAAACUGCGGCGCGGUGAGUUCUGUGGUCCGUGCUGGCGUUGCCCCACCACUGCUGCGGGUUGGGAAUGGAGCACCGCAUAGUGGGACCCGGGCCGUACCGAGCCACCAGGCUGUGGAACGAAACAGUGGAGCUUUUCCGGGCCAGGAUGCCUUUACGGAAACAUCGUUGUCGGUUCAAGAGUUAUGAGCAUUGCUUCACGGCAUCGGAGGCUGUGGACUGGCUGCACGAGCUUCUGAGAAACAGUCAAAACUUUGGCCCCGAGGUAACUCGCAAGCAAACAGUCCAGCUGCUGAGAAAAUUCCUCAAGAAUCACGUUAUCGAAGACGUCAAGGGAAAAUGGGGCCAGGAGGACUUUGAAGACAACCGUCACCUGUACAGAUUUCCUCCUUCCUCGCCCCUGAAGCCAUAUCCAAAGAAGCCCCUGUAUCAAAGAGAUGUUAUUAAGUUUCCAGAAUGGAAUGAUCCCCCGCCAGGCACUUCACAGGAGAACAUUCCAGUGAGGCCGAUUGUGAUGAACUCUGAGAUGUGGUUCAAGCGCCACAGUAUUGCUAUUGGAGAGGUGCCCGCCUGCCGUCUCAUCCACCGCAGACAGCUGACCGAGGCCAAUGUGGAAGAGAUCUGGAAGUCUACGACGUUGUCACAUUUACAGAGAAUUCUUGGCCUUGAUUCCUUGGAGGAAGUUUUAAACACCAAGCUUGUCAACUCCAAGUUCAUCAUCCAUAAUGUGUAUAGUGUCAGCAAGCAGGGAGUGGUCAUCUUGGACGACAAGUCGAAAGAACUUCCUCAUUGGGUCCUGUCAGCUAUGAAGUGUUUGGCAAAUUGGCCCAACUGUACAGAUUGGAAGCAGCCUAUGUACUUGGGAUUUGAAAAGGAUGUCUUUAAAACUAUCGCAGAUUACUAUGGCCACCUGAAGGAGCCACUGCUCACAUUUCACCUUUUCGAUGCUUUCGUCAGUGUAUUAGGUUUGCUGCCGAAGGAGCAAAUGGCAACCGAGGCGUUUCAGAUUUGCUGUCUCCUUCUGCCUCCUGAAAACAGGAGGAAGUUACAGCUGCUGAUGAGGAUGAUGGCGAGGAUCUGCUUAAACAGAGAGAUGCCGCCACUGUGUGACGGCUUCGGCACCCGCACACUGAUGGUUCAGACAUUUUCCCGGUGCAUCUUGUGUUCGAAGGACGAGGUAGAUUUAGAUGAGUUACUAGCUGCUCGGUUGGUGACGUUUCUGAUGGACAACUACCAGGAGAUUCUGAAAGUCCCUCUGGUCCUGCAGACCUCCAUCGAGGAGCGUGUGGCUCACCUGCGCAGAGUGCAGAUAAAAUACCCAGGAGCUGAUAUGGACAUCACCCUGUCUGCACCUUCAUUUUGCCGUCAAAUUAGUCCUGAGGAGUUUGAGUACCAAAGGGCGUAUGGCUCCCAGGAGCCCCUGGCAGCGUUGUUGGAAGAAGUCAUCGCUGAUGACAAACUCUCCAACAAGGAGAAGAAGAAGAAGCUGAAGCAGUUUCAGAAAUCUUACCCUGAAGUCUACCAGGAACGAUUUCCUACCCCAGAGAGCGAAGCACUUCUGUUUCCUGAGAAACCCAAGGCCAAACCACAGCUGUUCAUGUGGGCACUGAGGAAACCUUUCCAGCCGUUUCAGAGAACCAGAAGUUUCCGGAUGUGAUGCUGUGACGAAGCUUGAGGGACCUCAGUGGUAGAGACACUUUGAGUCGGUUGAGACUCAAGAAUGCCGUUAUAAACUACUCAAUGUGUGGUUUCAGGUCGCCCAACUCCUUCAAUGUCGAGCCGUUGUCAGUAUUUUUAUAAGUCUUGAUGCUGUUUGCAGAGAUGUACAAAUGAGUGAAUGAUCACGUCAGGUGUGUGGUGGUGGUGCGAAGAGGCUUGGGAUGCUUAAAAAAUCUAAAGGUAAAGUGUCCCCUUCCCGUUUGCUGUUUUCUGUGGUGUGUAAAGUUUUGGUGCAUUGCUCACCUAUGCGUCUGAAAACCAAGCCUAUGGAUACUGUACAUACUUGAAUAAGAACAACACUGUGCUGUUACUGUGGUAGCAUCGACCCAGCUAGCUGCCAGUUGUGAUUUCUCCUGUGUAAAUCCCACAGUUUUAUUGUCGUUUGCUUUUAUUUUUAUUUCUUCUUGUUUUGUUAUUGGGAAAAGUCCUAAUGUUUUGCACUGUGAUAGCCGUGUCUUUUAGUGCAGAUUUGCCUGUUGCUCUUUGAUUACCCGUAUGCGGUCUGGGUCUGCGUGUGUGUGGAUGUGGAAUAGUAUGCAUCUGCCCACGGUCCUGUAAUUUGAGUCUCAGCUAAAGAUGGAAGGUUGAGCAGGAAGAAUUCUUUGGGCUCCCUUAGACCUGUACAUCUAAAUUAAGUCUUUGGUUUUAUGAAAAGUAUAAAUGGGUUGAGUAAGAUGAAUUACUUUCUUUAUGAAUAUAUUUUUCAGCUUCUUCAUUGUUUUAAAAAUACAUGGAAUGUAAAUAAAUACUGAUUUUUUUUUAUAUAUA